AUGAGCUCGAAGUCGUGUGGUAUCGAAGCUCGAGACGAGGUUAUCGAUCUUUGUGAAGAAGGCGAAGGCACUUCGUCCGACCCAUUUAUCAAUCAGUUCUACGACGAUCAGGGACGGACAUUAUCUGAACAAUUAUUACGAGGUCGAAUGCGAGUAUUGGCCCUGGUAAAACUAGUUUAUGGACACCAGAGUAUCAGUAAAGCUCAUGCUGAACUGGAAUUAGGCGAGACUUACGCAAGGUUAAAUCUCUGGAAGCAAGCGGAGCUGCAUGCUUCGUGUGCUGCUAAUCUUCUUCGAGAAAUCGAAAUAGCAGCGCCAAAAGCGAAACGUACCGCUGGAGGACAGAACGAUAAUGGAAAACUACUGAGACUAGCUCUCGAGUUCUGCUACAAAGCUCAAUGUGAUGAAGCAGCUCGAGGUCGUGUGUCCGCUGACGAAUUGCUAGGGCAUUUAAGCAGACACGGAGAUAGUAGCAACCAGCUUUUAGCUACUGUCUUCGAGCACGAAGUGUUGGAAAAAGCAUUUGAAUCGAAUCAAACUCUGCAUUGGCAGAAGCUGCUGCUGCGACUCGAAGAGAUCAACCAGGAACUGCACCAGCAUCUCACCUUCGUGUCUGCACGAUUGCCUCCUGGUGUAGCUCAGAUGCUGAACGCGUUGUUCGUUUCUCUUGACACUGCAGAAGACGGUAUCGUGCCAUUUCACACAUUUCUUGAUCGUCUACAGACUGCAAAUACAGACUUAAGUAACCGUAAAACUUCUGCUGCGUCGUACAUCCACGCACUCUGCGGUACACUGCAACGCGUUCUCAAUCGAGUAUGCUAUCACUCGCUGACAUGGACAGAGAUCCUGACGCUCGGAGCUCACAGCAACUUUCGACUUCCUUCAAACGAAGACUCUAGACCCGACGAUGGCAGUCCUCCAGCGUUGCUAGCACGUGUCAAACUGCUGCUAAGUCGCGUGUAUCUUCGACGAGGACAACUCGAAGAAGCUGUGCGAUAUGUCCAAACGGCAGUAGCAGCACGAGAGAAACUGGGCGCUGAAUGCAGCGAUCUGGUGCAGUAUUAUCUCGUAGCCGCCGAAGCGCAAGCGAGACGUGGACGGCAACUCCACGUUCUUGGACAGCAGGCCCGUCGAGAUCGUGCUGAACGCUGGCUCAAGACGACCGAAGGCUCUCGGUAUCUGCGAUCUCGUGCACUGGAAGAAGUCGAACUUGCAAGCGGCAGUGGCCAGCCAUUGUUGUCGAAGAAAGAGGCGGAGGCUCGUGCUAGAGCGAAAUUGAUCCAGGAGCUCACGGUCUCACCUCCACCAUCAACACUCAGUACCAAUCGUCCAGGGAAUGACUACGAAGCUUCGGCUCGUUCGUUGACGGACGGAGCUCUGGAAAGCUGCAACAAGGCUUGGGAACUUCAGGAACGUCACUUUGGUCGGGAACAUAUCACCACUGCAGCUGUACACGUGAGUCUCGCACAGGUUCAUCUUCUUCGAAGUAUCAACGAGGAUCGAGUGAAUGCUGACGAAGCGAAGGAGGCCAUUCAUGAAGCGAUUCACUGCUUCACUGCAGCUAUCGACAUCUACGAGAAUGCGUGCAGUGGAACUGUAUCAGCAUCAGCGUUUCUCCGUCUCGAACUCGCCAAAUUGUAUCAGCAAGACCUACUCAAGCUCGACAGAGCACGCUCCGACGAUUUGUGCUAG